AUGGCUAAUGUCAGGCAGGAUGCCAAUUGCACGAACAAGGUCACAGCGCUGCACACCUGCAUACUCCUGGGCCAUCGGACAGAUCUGAAGAGGCUCCUCGAAGAAGGCGAUGCAUCGAUCGAGGCCAAAGACCAUUUCGGCAGGACACCUCUCUUCUACUGCGUCAUGGUGGACAACGCCCAGUUCCUGUCCCUGCUCCUCAAGGCCAAGGCACGGGUGGACAAUGCCGAUAACGGCGGGCAGACGGCACUCCAUCUGGCGGCCCGCAAGGGCCUCAAGGGGUGCAUCAAGCUGCUGCUGGCUGCCAAUGCGUUGUGGGACCAGAAGGACGCCGAGGGCGUCACAUCCCUGCACCUGGCUGCCUCAAAUCGCAGACCUCAGGGCCUGGCUUUGCUCCUGGGACAGGUGCUCAGGGGACAGGUGGACCUUCAGGACGGGCACAAGCGGACAGCAUUGCACUGGAGUUCUCAGUUUUGCAACGCAGAUUGUAUUGUCAUGCUGCUAAAAGAGGACGCCAAUGUGCUGCUCCAGGACGAAGAAGGACGAACGCCUCUACACCUCUGCGCCUCACGUCCCGAUCCAGCUGCUGUCGACUGUGUCCGUCUACUCCUGGAGUGUGAGCCCUCGCUCAUCAGGUGGCAGGACUACCAGGGUUGCACAGCCCUGCAUCAAGCUGUGGCUACCGGUACUAUCCAGACAGUUGACUUCCUGACAUCCAGGGGCCAGUACAACUCCCUGGACAAUCUCUUUCGCACACCACUGCACUGGGCUGUUCAGCUUGGUCGGGUGGACGUUGUUCGCCUGCUCUUGGGUCGGCACGCCGACCCUGGUAGUGCCGACUGCAACGGUGCCACACCGCUGCACUAUGCCACUCGUCUGAGGGACCCCGCCCUGACGUCGCUGCUCCUGUCGCGGGGGUCGCCCACAGACCUGCUGGACUCCAAGGGGUUCAGCCCCCUCAUGUGGGCUGCUGUGGGGGGGACCACGGCACACCUCAGAGCGCUGCAUCAUCACAAGGUGCCGCUGGACGCUCCUACCCUGGACGGGGUCACGGCGCUCCACGCGGCCGCCGGUCAAGGCCAGGACGAGACCGUUCAGCUGCUUCUGGACCUUGGAAUGGGCCUGGGGCUCAAAGACCACCUGGGCCUGGCACCCCUGUCUUACGCCUGUCACGGGGGGCACGCGCACACGGUGCUGCUCCUCGUGGACGCCGGGGCACAGCUGCACGACACCGAUGCGCGGGGGUGCUCGCCGCUGCACUGGGCAGUUGCAGGGGAUCACGCGUAUGUGUGCCAGUUGCUGGCUCAGCGUGGCUGCAGAAUGGAUGUGGUGGAUCACCAAGGCCGCGGCGCUCUGCACUAUGCCAGUGGCUUGGGCCUGGUGAGCUGUGUAGCUGCCCUCCUGCAGUAUGGGGCAGAGCCCAAUCUCAUGGAUAUUGAGGGCAAGGCGCCAGUGCACCUCGCCGCUCACUGUGGUUCCUUGGAGUCCGUAGAGCUGCUUUGUGGUCACGGUGCCAUGCUCAACGCCAUGGACAAGACCCCCCACAGGUAUACUGCCCUGGAUUAUGCAGGGGCGGGGAACCACUCCAGCGUCGUAAACUUUCUGCUCGAGCAGGGCGCUACAUCAUCCAGCAACAUUAAAUCCAUCGCAGCGUUCGCGAUUCAGAGGUUCUUCAGGAGGCUGUGUAAGAAACAACACGCUGAUGGUGUCCUCAGAGACAAAGGGGAGCACUUGAGCAGGCAGGGUCUGCCGGACAUAAAAGAAGAGCCUGUCCAUCCCGGGACUUCGGCUGCCCCAUGCAAAUCUCGGGCUGCAGUGAACAAACCUCCUUCAGGUAUACUCGGCGUCGGCAGUUGGAGCGUAUGCAAGAACGAAUACAAGUGCUGUUCAGUGAUGAGGUUCAGCGACAGGAAGCUCGACGCGAGUGGCAGCAAGGGCUGGCACAUUUUCAACUUUUUACGGGUGUGUUACCUUCCCUGCGUUACAGACCCUAAGAACUCCAGGAGCUCUGCCUGAUUAUUAGGCUCGCGCACCUGACCAGCCUGCACCUUCCCACGGAGGACCCCGGCUUCAGCAGGCAUCCGCCGCAGCGAAUGCCCACCGCCAUCGCCGCCGCAAAGCCGCCAACCGUCGUAGUCGUUGGCAUUGAAGAAAGAGACAGAAAGACCAUUACGACCGUGUGGUCGUGUCAGACUCUUGAGGAAUAUAGAGAGAGGAGGGAAGAAGGUAUCGGAUAGCAAGGAAGAUGAGC